AUGGCCAAAAAAGCGAAAAACUCGGAGAAAAAUGGACCAAGACAUUCUGGAAAUUUCUCACAGGAAUCUGGAAUUUCCGGGAAUUUAUGGCUGGCUACAGUAGUCCUAAUUGGACUCUUCGUUGGCUUUCUCAACUAUCAGCACAUCUACACACUAUUCGAAAAUGACAAGCAUUUUUCGCAUUUGGCGGAUUUCGAAAGAGAAAUGGCCUAUAGGACGGAAAUGGGUCUCUACUAUUCCUAUUAUAAAACCAUCAUCACAGCUCCUUCGUUUUUGGAAGGUGUGCAAUUGAUAACGAGGGAUACUGUAACUGAGCACGGACAUCAGAUCAAUACGUUGAAUCGGUUUAAUUUGUAUCCAGAGGUUAUCCUGGCAUUUCUGUACCGCCCAUUCCGUGCAUUGGCCAAAUCUGCCAACUGGCAAGUGGAGACGUGCUGGCAAGUGAAUCGCGGAGACUUGAGACCUGUGGAGAGUUGUGAAGGCAUCGGGAACCCACAUUACUUCUAUAUCACUGGAGUUUUUGUAGUGGCUGGUACAGUUGCCACGUCACUUUUCUAUUUGGGUGUUUUGGUGAGCGAUUCAAUUUUCGGAGGAAUCCUCUCUGUUUUGUGUUUCGCAUUCAACCAUGGAGAAGCGACACGUGUACAAUGGACUCCGCCAUUACGAGAAAGUUUCGCAUUCCCGUUUAUUAUAGGUCACAUUGCGAUUUUGACCUAUAUCAUUAAAUAUAGAAAAUCCAGCACCGCCCACCUUCUUCUUCUUAUCUCCGCUGCCGUUCCAGCUCUCCUAUUCUGGCAGUUCACCCAAUUCGCAUUUUUCACUCAAAUUUGCUCGAUUUUCGCGGCUUUUUCAAUGGAUUUGGUCCCGCUGGACACUGCAAAAACUAUAAUCAAAUCUCAUCUGAGUGCAUUUUUUAUCAGUUUUGUGAUGCUCUUCGGAAACGAGAUGAUGAUCGCCGCCUUGUAUUUUCCCAGCAUUUGGGCGUUGGCGACUGUAAUCUACAUCUCCCCAAUGUUGGCUGGAAUUAGGCUCCGCCCACUUUACCUCCUAAUUUUGGCACUGAUUUUUGGAUCGAUCACUCUUGGACUCAAAGUUGGAUUUUCAAAGGGAUUGGGGAUUGAGGAUGAUGCUCACAUCUUCGACAUUUUGCGCUCGAAAUUCACGAGUUUUGCCAAUUUCCACACAAGAUUGUACACUUGCUCAGCGGAAUUUGAUUUUAUACAGUAUGCCACAAUUGAAAAAUUAAGCUCGACUCUUCUGAUUCCAUUGGCUCUUCUCUCAAUUGGAGCAUUCUCUUGGGACUUUUUGAGCAAGACGAGUUUAUUAUGGAGAACUUUGGAAAAUGAGGAUUCGGAGUAUGGAGAGGUCAUCUACAAUUUGGUUCAAUUGAUUUGUUCCACUACAAUGGCUGUCCUGAUCAUGCGUCUCAAACUUUUCAUGACACCUCAUUUGUGUAUUACUGUAGCUCUUCUGGCAAACUCCAAACUGUUGGGAGGCGAUAAGAUUGCGAAAACCGUACGAUCUUCGGUUUUAGUUGGGCUGGUUGCCAUGUUGGCUUUCAGAGGAAUCCCCAACAUCCGUCACCAAUUGAAUAUCAAAGGAGAGUACAGUAAUCCGGACCAGGAAAUGCUAUUCGAUUGGAUUCAGAGCAACACGAAACAAGAUGCGGUGUUUGCUGGAACGAUGCCAGUGAUGGCGAAUGUGAAGCUGACGACACUGAGGCCAAUUGUCAAUCAUCCACAUUAUGAGCAUGUUGGAAUACGAGAUCGAACAUUGAAAGUGUACUCAAUGUUCAGUAAGAAACCAGUUGCUGAAGUUCACCAAACGAUGAAAAAAAUGGGUGUCAAUUAUUUUAUAUUCCAAUUAAUGAAUUGUUCAAACGAUGAAAGGAGGCCCGAAUGUGUGUAUCGUGGGAUGUGGGAUGAGGAGGAUCCCAAGAAUUCUGCCAGAACUUCAUUAUGUGAUUUGUGGAUUUUGGCGGCAAAUUCAAAAGAUAAUUCUCGGAUAUCCCCGUUUAAAAUUGUCUAUAAUCCUAAUAGAAAUUAUAUUGUGCUGAAAAUUUAG